AUGGAUCAUGAAGCACACUCGCGUAACAAGUUCGUCAACAUGAAAUCCCAGAGGGUGAAAGUAGAAGGUUCUUUUGCUCCUGCAUUAGAAGAUGAAACUGAAACCAUUGAGCAUUUACUAGCAGAACCUAAAAGUGAAUAUGUUACGGUAGAUGGUGUCUUAUGCUGUGGCAAGGAGACUGCAGGAAAGUGCGUGGACAUUGAAGAUUUUUCCUGUGGAUAUGACUUUGGGCUUAAUACAUACAGUGGAUUGCAUUCUGCUCAUCCUCGGGGAAGAUACGAUGAAUUAGAAUUUGGAGUUCUUGACGGAUUGUUGGAUGAAGUUGAUGAAGUGGAGGAUAUUCAUGCGAUAAAUGGUCUUGCAAGCCCUUGUGAUGAUUAUCUUUUAGAUAUUGGAUUUACAGGAAAAGCUUCUGAACUGGGUUUUGGUCCUCGUGAAAAAUCACAUUUGGGGAACUCAAGUUCUGAAAGUCAGUCUCCACGACUAAGUGGCAGUAGUAACGGUGCUGUUGGGAUAUCUGAAUCGUCAACUGUGACUAUUCAAGAAUUUGAAUGCAAGAAUAAUUCUGUUGACAAGGCAGUAACUCAUGAGUUUCAUGGUGGCUUCAGGCGGAAAAAAAGACGUCGAAUACCUGUUGAAGGCAAUGUCUAUCCUGCUUCAAUCAAUUUACAAAAUCUUGAGUUAGAUAAUGAUGAAAAGACUUUAGUAAAGGAAAUAGUGUCUGGUGAAAAUGAGAAGCUCUCUGUUGAAGCAACCAAACUUGGUGCUUUUUGUAAGGAAAAAAGACUGCGUAAGCCUACUUUGAGAUAUAUUGAGGAAUUUUCUGGUAAGAAGUCAAAAGAUUCCAACGAGAGGGAAAAUUGUUCUGCUCUUACUGCUACGCAGGAUCGCUCAAAGGUCAGAUGUCAGAAUGAACAUCAUCAUAUGAGUCCUGGGAUAUUGUCAUCAGUUCCUGAGGAGGAUUCAAUUUCUGAAAACCAGACACUGGCUGAAUUUAGGACUCAAAGAAAACUUGCAAAGAAGCAUGCAUCAAUUUUGGCGCUUGAGUCCGAUGAGCAACCUAUUACAUCUGAGUCUGAAGAUGACCAUGUACCAAAAAAAAGAUCUAGAAAGCACGAUCGAAGAAAGCAUCAAAGGAUGUGGACUCUCUCUGAGGUGACGACAUUGGUUGAUGGUAUUUCUGAAUAUGGAGUUGGACGAUGGACAGAUAUUAAGAGGGUCCUAUUUUCGUCUUCUGCUUAUCGCACGCCAAUAGAUCUCAGGGACAAAUGGAGAAAUCUUUUAAGAGCUAGCUGUGGAAAGAAAAUGAAGAAAGAGGUUGAGCAAAAGGAGAUGCGAGCCUUACCAAAGUCUUUGGUACGCCGUGUCCGUGAGCUGGCGACAGUACACCCAUAUCCUAGGCAGCGUGGCAAGAAGUUUGCCCCUCCCAUACUUCCUACUUCCAGUAAAAGUGCUUCAUCUGAUCUAAUCAGAAAGUAUGUCCGAAGGAAGAAUCGAUCUUGA